UGGACCAAGGUACGAAACUGGACCGUCUGAAGAGCCGAGGAGGCCAACUAACGGAGCAGAUGUCCUGGCAAGCAACUGCUACCAGUCAAAGGCGACACCGGAAACAGCGAAGAUUGUCUGACUGUCAACGUUUUCCGGCCACAUGGCGUCCAGGGCAAACUACCGGUCGCUGUUUACGUACAUGGUGGCGCGUAUAAUCGGGGAACCUGUAAGCCUCUGGCGAUCUGGCAAAUCAGAGAGGCUGACCAUGAUAGCGUCCAUGCAUAACACGGCCUCGAUGGUUGGCUGGUCCGAGCAACCCUUUAUCGGAGUUACUUUUAAUUACCGGAUUGGCGCCCUUGGCUUUCUCCCUUCCACCACGACAGCCGAAGAGGGUAUCCUGAACCUGGGUCUGCACGAUCAAAUCCUCUUAUUCAAAUGGGUGCAGGACAACAUCGAAGCCUUCGGAGGGGAUCCCUCCCAGGUGACGUUGUUUGGCCUCUCUGCUGGUGCCCAUUCGAUUGCCCACCAUAUCAUGAACUAUGACCUCGGUCACACCCUCUUCCACCGUGUCAUAAUCGAGUCUGGUGCUGCAACCUCCCGGGCGGUCCAUUCGUACGACGCUCGCCUCCACGAGGACCAAUUCCGCCACUUUGUCGAAGAGGCCGGCUGCAAGGACACACCUCGCCAGGAGGUGAUGGACUGUCUCCGCAGUCAACCCGAGUCCGCCAUCACCAAUGCCUCCUUCAGCGUGUUCGACCGCUACAAUCCCUCCGUACGAUGGGCCUUCCAACCGGUCAUCGACGGCGACCUCAUCAAACAACGACCCAUCGACGCCUGGAAAUCCGGCAAAUGGAACAAAAUGCCGAUCCUGACGGGAUUCAACACCAACGAAGGAACAUACUACGUACCGCCAGCCAUGUCCCAGUCGGAGGAGUUCACCGCGUUCUUCCGAACCCUCCUCCCUGCAUACUCAGCGUCAGACAUCGACACAAUCGACAAUCUCUACCCCGACCCAGCCAAGGAUGCCUCGUCGCCCUAUGUCGACACAAGAGUUCUACCGGUCGGACCUCAAUACAAACGCGUCGAGGCCGCGUACGGGCACUACGCGUACGCCUGUCCGGUGCGCCAGACGGCCACCUUUGCCUCGGCGGGUCAGGAGCCUCCUGUCUUCCUCUAUCGCUGGGCACUCAAUAAGACGGUGCAAGGCGGCGCGAACCAUGGCGAUCAAAUGGCAUACGAGACUUUUAACCCCGAGGUGCGUGCCAUCUCCGCGGAUCAGGAGAAGAUUGCGGGUACCUUGCAUGCAUACUUCACCUCGUUCAUUGUAUCUGGGCACCCGAACACUAUCGCCGGUGCUUAUGGAGACCGUCCUGUCUGGGAGACGUAUGAUGCAUCUUCCUCUGGUCGGAUCAUGGUGUUAGGGGAGGGAAAUGAUGAACGCGCCGGCGGAAGUGGCGUAGGAAUUGCGGCGCAGAUGGUGGAUGACGAAUGGAGUCGGAAAGAAUGCAAUUUCUGGUGGACGAAGUCGGGGAUUUCAGAUUAGAAGAAACAAAGGAGUAGAAUGCCUGUUAGUAAAUCACGUAGUAACUUAACUAUGGACUGAAUUGAAU